AUGUGUUUCUCCUCUGGGUCAGGAGCGGUCGAGCGGCUGAAGAAACAUGGAGCCAGUUUCAGACCAUUUACUUUUGUUGCCGACAUCAGUCACGACAAAAUCCUAUCAGACAAGUUUGGGAGAAGACUCGGUCCUCAGGGUUCAGGCUCGAUCCUCAGGUCAGGGGGGGAGGUCACACCACAGACAUGUCUGGACUUCCGGGGGUCAGAGGUCGGCUGCAGAGCCAGGGCAGCUGCAGGACAAAUACCAGACUGUGGACCAGCGGAGAGCAGCCCGUGGACCGGCAGAGAGCAGACUGUGGACCAGCAGAGAGCAGCCCGUGGACCGGCAGAGAGCAGACUGUGGACCAGCAGAGAGCAGCCCGUGGACCAGCAGAGAGCAGACUGUGGACCAGCAGAGAGCAGCCGGUGGACCCGCAGAGAGCAGACUGUGGACCAGCAGAGAGCAGCCCGUGGACCAGCAGAGAGCAGACUGUGGACCAGCAGAGAGCAGCCCGUGGACCAGCAGAGAGCAGACUGUGGACCAGCAGAGAGCAGCCUGUGGACCAGCAGAGAGCAGACUGUGGACCAGCAGAGAGCAGACUGUGGACCAGCAGAGAGCAGACUGUGGACCAGCAGAGAGCAGCCCGUGGACCAGCAGAGAGCAGACUGUGGACCAGCAGAGACCAGACUGUGGACCAGCAGAUAG